AUGCAAAAGGCCUCGGCAGGCUUUCAACUUCGUAAAUGGUCUUCAAUCUACCCAGAUAUUCAAGCACCGUUUCCCGACGAUCAUUUGGAGAAAUCGUUGAUUUUAGACUUAGAUCGCUCCGCUCCAAUAAAGGCACUCGGAUUGCUGUGGAAAUCAGAAUCUGAUGAUUUAUUCGAUCCAUUAGGACUGAUUGGCCCGGUCGUAAUCAUCGCCAAGAUGCUUAUCCAGACGCUUUGGGAACGCAAUUUUGGAUGGGAUGAUCCGCUACCACACGAUCUACAUGAUAAAUGGACCCAAAUUGCUCGCCAGCUCCCGACUCUGAAAGUUCUUGCGAUUCCUCGUUUCAUGCUUGGUGAUAAGCGUGCUUAUGGCUCAUGCAUCUACUUCACAUCAGUUACCAGCUCCGGCAUGGUUGCUUCGCGCUUGAUGGUUGCCAAAUCACGAAUUUUACCCUUAGAAAAACGCAGACCCACGCUUGCUCGACUGGAGUUAAGCGCAGCGUUACUUCUGGCGAACCUGCAAAAAAGGGUUGUAGAUUGUAUAGAUAUCCAAUGUCCGAUCUACCUGUGGUCUGAUUCAACUAUCACUCUUCAUUGGAUUUCUGGUCAGCCUUCGUCCUGGAACUGUUUUGUAGCAAAUCGUGUUGCGGAGAUCCAACAGUUUACUCAAUCAGCUAUUUGGCUCCAUGUUCCAACCGCAGACAACCCUGCUGACUACAUUACACGUGGUCUUAUGCCAGCACCCAUUGCCAAUAAUUUGUUGUGGUUGCACGGCCCUGAAUGGUAUCUCGAACCUCAUCACAAGUGGCCGCAAGCAAUAUAUUCAUGGAAAUCCUGCAUUCCUUCAGUUUCAUCGAUCGUGUGCACAACUCCUGGUGUCAUCUGGAUUUGCGAAUAUCUCGAGGGCCACGAUUCGUUAUACAGCGCUCUUAAAAUUCUCGUACAUUGUCGACGAUUUAUGAUUAACUACAGGCUAAAGAAAGCUGAUCGUGUCAAAGGAUUCAUUUCUUCUUUCGAUAUUCGUUCCAUAGAAGUCCAGCUUAUUCGGCAAAUCCAAAUUGCAGAAUUUCCAAAGGAUUACGAUAAUCUUCGAACCAAAACUCCGAUCGAUGGAAAUUUCUCACUUCGAUAUUUCAAACCUAAAAUAUUAGAUGAUGAGCAGCUUAUCGGGGUUGGUGGUCGACUAAAAACGCUCCGGUUCCUUUCGACUGAAAAUAUUUUGCAUUGCGGACCAACGCAUCUGCUAGCAGCUGUUCAUAGUCGUUAUUGGCCUAUAGGUGGCCGCAACAAGGCUCGUUCAGUAGUUCAUAAAUGUCUCACGGGCUUCAGGAAUAAACCAACGUUCGCACAGCAAGCAAUGGCCGAUCUUCCAGCAGUACGGGUCACUCCGUCCCGUCCAUUUGCCAACAUUGGUGUUGAUUUGUUAGGGCCAGUUUACAUCAAACCUCCUCGCAAACAGGACCCUAUCAAAUCAUACAUCUACGUGUUUGUCUGUAUGAUGACUAAAGCUGUUCAUCCGGAACUGGUAAUGAGUCUCACCACAGAAGCGUUCAUCGCAGCGCUCAGGCGGUGCCAGAUGAGGAUAUCCGCUAAACAUUUACUGCGACAAUGCCACCAACUUCAUAGGUGCUAA